GGCAGCUACGCAACAGAUGAACCACAACCAUUACGAUAUGCCUCCAUUUCCCGAGUACGCAUCUCCGGUCCCAGCUGCAGAUAGUCUCGAUGGGCUCAGCAGCGACGAGAUCCGAGCCUGGACACUGUGGAAGUCGGAGGAGUAUCGUCUCCUCUCCUACACUAUGCUCUCCCUCUACAACGCCGCCGCGCCGAUCCACACACUCCCCACCGAGCUGCUGGUGAAAAUCUUCGGUCAAACGUGGCAGGACCGACGGAGCGUCCGUCUGACAUCUGUCUGCCGGCGAUGGCACUCCACAUACCGACUCACGUCUCAGUUCUGGGCGGCUGCGGUCUCAGGCCUUUCCUUCAAUUAUACCGAGACCGUGAUGGUCAGAAGCAGGGGCACCUCAUCAUCGACAUUGCCCUCUGAGCUUGUGAGUGCCUUCCUGGAAAGGUCCUCCCCAUGUUUCAUCCAUUCGGAGGUCGACCAAUAUUCCACGAACGCUACCGUGCUCGUUUCCAUCCUACCCGUCGAGCUGUCUAUCCAUGCAUGGCGAAUCAGUUCUCUGUCGUUCUCCGGGAACGCCAUGCUGUUGCCGGAUUUGCCCCAGCUGUUGGGGAGGAGCAUGCCGGCACUAGAGAAGCUCCGUAUCGUGGCACCCAUGGGCGGUGGACCGCUCACGCCACUCAGCUUCACCCGCCUACCUAAAAACAGCCUUCCCCACCUGCGCGAGCUAUCGGUCAGCCCUGGCGAACUGUUUCCUCAUUUUGCGGUUAGGUCGCUACGAAACGUCAGCUUGUCCGGCUGCCGUUCAAGCAUCCAGCCGCUGGAGUCCCAGGUUCUGCUACAGGCGUUGCGCAAGUGUCCCGAUCUUGAGACGUUGCAUUUCGGCGAUUACGUGGCCCCGUAUGAUUGGCCCGUGCUGCAUGAAGCAUGUGCUAUACACCUUCCUUCGUUGACGAAGCUCGAGAUUUUCGACACAAAGAGCUUGGCAGUCCUGGGGGCGCUCAGUGCUCUGUCUGUUCCUUCAACUGCGUUGAUUCAUGUGAGCGCAGAAGAUACAAGGGGCCUCUCUGACUUCCUACCGCAUCAUGUCUUUCAAAGAUACUCGUUCGACCGCGUUAUCCUCCGCAUAAACGAAUCCAGUUCAUGUCGAUUGGAGUGCUUUUCAGACCACUCUCAACCACUCUGGGUUUUGGGCUUCGAUUACCGGGGAUCUCUCGGCAAUCUUGGCCUGGAGGAAUACUUCCAGGGGAUGCAUGUCACCCACCUGGAGGUGCUCGACGCAUGGGAGGUCGGAGUGUUGAACGCCGACAGAAGUGGCAUUGACGACUGGGUCGUUGCUCUACGGGCAUUUCCCCAUCUGACCCACCUCACCGUUUGUGGGACAGACGGCCCUAACCUCGUCCUCCCGGCACUCGCUCGAUGCACCACAUCUUCCGAUCCUAGCGUCGCACGUCUCUCUUGCGCGAGCUUGACAAACAUAGCUCUCAGCUGGAAAAUCACAUCCCCGAGGGGUGACCCGAACGAGCCGACGAACCUCCCAGAAGGAUGCGAUGCGGCGACAUACCGCUCGUGGGAUGUUGAAGAACGCGUCCGAUGGAGAUGUUCGAUGAUGCAGCCCGUGUUCGAGGAGCGUGCGUUGAAUGGGGCACCCGAGUUGCAUACGCUUGAGUUCUGGGAGUUCGAGACGAGGAGGCGGAGGCGAUGGCAGCAGGAAGAUGAUGUGAAGGAUGGAGAACUUAUUCCUUCGACUCAUUGUGGUGAAACUAGCGCCCCCUGUCUCGCGCAGCUUCGAAGGGUCGUCGGCGGGCCUGUUGUGUAUAGGGGCCAUCUGUUGACGAAGGAAUAAGACACAUCAAUGAGCAGGAUUCACUAGCAUGUCAUACUAGGUGACUUACUAGUUGUACAUGUAAUUCGCUC